UGACAGGUUACCGGUUCAAUUUUGCUGCGAGCGGCACCUUAUGACAGAUUCCGCUCUCUAGAUUCGACAAAAUCUAUAGAGGCUAAAUUGAACCGGCGGUAAUUGACGGGCCGGGUUGCUUCUUGAUUUUAUUAGGCAGAGCUGGUCGUUGUUUGCUUUUAUUGUGCCACCACAGGCCGAUCCUUUCUCGUUGCAAUGGAGGUUGCAUGUAAAAACAGGCGGGCUUCCAGAAGCUUCUUUUAGAAUCAAUGUGCAUUCUUGCAGCCUAAAGUGAAGUUCACAUUAUUUAUUAUAAUGAUAAGCAUGAGCUGUUGCUUUUAGGGAGGACAAUCUAUUUGUUCGGGAAAUGCUGUGCUUGAGCUAGUUUUGCAAUUUCACGUGGCUUAGGAGGUGAUUUUUAAUGGUUUUUUCAGUUGGGAAAACAUUAAAAAUUCUAUUUGAAGAAAUACCUUAAAACAAAAAGAAGAAACGGAGAAAAUUUUAAAAGUUCUUUUAAUUUGGAAGAUUUUAUGAAGGUUUCUGCUGAAUGCAGAGAAAAGUGUGUACUUUUUUAUAAUCGAGUGGACGUAUUCCUGGAUGCUGCAGGUAAUAGUUUAAGGUGACGCAACUUGAAGUUUCCAGAUUUCAGAAAACUUAUGAACAUGGAGCAGUUUACAUUUGGUACUUCAGCAGAAGCAGCUUCACCUGAAAAUCUGCCACAAUUAUUGCAGGUUAUAUCAACUGAAAAAAGUCUGUCAUUUGAUAAAUAUGAUGGUGAUAUUGAAAACCCUUGUCAAGCAAUCCCCAAGGCAACUUCAGGAUCUCCCCUCGAGCAAAGUCCAAUGAGAACUUUCAAUGCGGCAGCAGCUAUCCCAAGCAAGAAUAAACCUGACCGUCCUCCUCAUCAACCAAGGUAUUCUGUUGGAUCAGGGAGUCCUCUUCCAUCUCAUCUAAUUUCUAUUAGCAUGCCCUCUUCACCUGCCAAAUUUCAGAUGGAGCAGGCUAAGAAGGUCUCUUUUCGAACUCAGAAAGCUGAAGAGGAUGCAGAGAUGUCAAAAUUACGAAACCCUUCAAACGUAUCCUUAAACUUUGCUAAAAUAAAACCCCGGAAACAAGUAAAAGCUUAUUCACAACCCAUACCAACAGGAAAUGCAUAUGCUGAAGCAAUAGCAAAUGGAACCAUUCCUAACUUUUCGGUUGACAGACGUAACUUCGAUAACAGAACAAAAGACAACAGCUAUGCCUAUUUUAAGACAAGAUCUGGAAAGAUUGAACACCAGAUUUCUCGUCUUCGUGGCAAGCCAGUAGAAGGAGAUGGUGGUGUUUGCCCAGGAGACUGUGAGAUAGAAUCUUUGCCUGCGGGUCGCUACUUUGAUGCUCUGCAAGGUCCUGAGCUGGAGAUACUUAGGGAGUCGGAGGAGUUGGUCGUCCCAAGUAAUAACAAAUGGCCAUUUCUUCUACGAUUUCCAGUAUCAUUCUUUGGUGUCUCACUCGGAGUUGGAAGUCAAGCCAUUCUAUGGAAAACGCUUGCUGCAACACCAUCCAUGGGAUUUUUGCAUGUUCCUGAAAUUAUUAAUUUGGUAUUGUGGUGUGUGGCACUUUUGACAUUUAUUAUAAUUUUGGCAGUAUAUGCAUCCAAGUGCAUUUAUUACUUUGAAGCUGUUCGACGAGAAUAUUAUCAUCCUGUUCGAGUGAAUUUCUUCUUUGCACCAUGGAUAGCUUGUAUGUUCUUGGCAAUUGGGCUGCCACCAUACAUAGCAAGAGCAGUACAUCCUGUUGUUUGGUGUGUUUGUAUGACUCCUCUUCUUUGUUUGGAAUUAAAGAUAUAUGGGCAAUGGAUGUCAGGAGGUGAUAGGAGGUUAUCCAAAGUAGCUAAUCCAUCAAAUCAUUUGUCAAUUGUGGGAAAUUUUGUUGGGGCAUUACUUGGAGCAAUAACUGGAUGGAAGGAGGGAGCUUUAUUUUUCUUUGCUGUGGGCUUGGCUCAUUACAUCGUGCUCUUUGUCACACUUUAUCAAAGACUGCCCACAAAUGAGACUCUUCCACAGGAUCUUCAUCCCGUUUUCUUCUUGUUUGUCGCAGCUCCUAGUGUGGCAUCUGUGGCAUGGGAAAGAAUUCAAGGAGACUUUGACAGUGUUUCAAAGAUUGCAUAUUUCAUUGCUCUCUUUCUGUAUGCAUCUCUUGCAGUGAGGAUCAAUUUCUUUCGUGGAUUCAGAUUUUCUAUUGCUUGGUGGGCUUAUACAUUUCCAACAACUGGAGCUGCUAUUGCAACAAUUAAAUAUUCAAAUCAGAUCAGACACCCAUUUACGCAAUCCUUAGCUGUGAUACUAGCUUCUAUUUCAUCUCUAACAGUCUUUAGCAUGCUGGUGUCUACCUUGUUGCAUGCCUUUGUAUGGGGCACACUUUUUCCCAAUGACAUCGCCAUUGCAAUUACAGACAGGAAGGGGAGGGCAAGGAAGAAGAACAAGAAAUCUUCAUUACAGCAGAAGGAAACCGUCAACAAAAAAUAACCUUGCAGGUGAAAUUAUUGAAAAUGGAGACUACAAAAGAGUUUUCUUCUCAAAGCUCAAGGAUCUUACCCAGAUUAUAAAUUCCUAACCCUAUUAGGCUGUUCUCAUAUCAGGGGUGUGUAAUGUGUCAGGGUAAAACUUGUGCUCAAAAGUAAGUGCCUAUUCUCCGUUACAUGAGCUAGUUGAGUCUGGGCUUAAGCUUCAAUGAACAAACGACAUUAUUUAGUUUUCUUUGAAACCAGAUAGCAUCUAAUCAGGAAGACACUAUUUAUGGUAUUGUUCAUGAUACCAAUUUUGAUAUAAGUUUCGAAUACGAAUGUGGAGGAAUAUAUUCCCUUAUAUAUAAGCUAAAUAAACGCAAUCAAGAAGCAUUAAUUUAAUCAUUUGAUUAAUCAAAGUUGGGAUAGGUAAUUGUAAUAGAUAAAUAAAGGAAAUUUUAAAUAUAAUGCAUGGAAGAAUUAUUUUUUUAAA